AUGUCGGACGUUGUCGUUCCGUCCUUCUUCCCCACGCCCAGUGAACUUGCAGGCGGUCUGCGAUGGGUCCAACAACAUCCCGUCGUUGCGACAGCAGCAGCAGCAGCAGCGGCCACUGCAGUGAGUGUGCUGAGCUACUUGAAAGCAGCGACGAGCGACGACGACGACGACGUCGUCGAUCGGACACGCGCUGACCUGAGCCCGUGCAAUCGCCAUAUGAACAGCAGCAACAGAUUGGACAAAGGCGAGGAGGUCUGCAGUAGCACCGAGAGCGACACGUCGACGCCGUCACGAGAUCGCAGCCUGAGCCCGUGUUCCCUCAGUUUUGGCCAGUUAGGGACUGUCGACGAGACUGGAGCAGGUGUCGAGUACAGUGACCAGGAGCACGCGUUGCACGCGACGAGAGACGGGGGAGGGAUCGCGUCGCCCCAGUGGGGGUGGUACGUUUCCACGACGCCACCCGAAGACCAUUACUAG